UGUGACAAUGGACGAGUGUGAACCGAACCAAGAUUCACUGGUAUGGAAACAGUGUCUGAUCGCAAUGUUUAUUUCCUGCACAAUCCUCCUCACUGUUGCCACUAACAUUUUGAACAUGGCAAUUAUUAAGAACAACACCCAUAUCAGCAGUGUCACCCGCAUUUUCUUGAAUUCGCUAACAGUGGCAGACCUCUGCGUCGGCAUCGUCUGCGAGCCAUUUGGUUUGGCCUCUGUGAUUGCCAACCAGUGGCCGCUAGGUCAACCAAUAUGCACAGUGGUGGGCUGUACAGUGAACGUUUUCUGUGCUGUAUCGAUAUCUUCCUUGUUUCUGAUCAGCAUGGACCGAUACAUCGCGAUCACUAGACCCCUUCGAUAUCACAGUAUUUUGACAUCUGAACGGGCUAAGAAAAUGGCGGCCAUCAGCUGGGUUUUCUGUUUAGUUUACAUGCUUGGAUGUUCAUAUGUAUGGGGUCCUUUUGUCGAAUACCAUGACUUCGUUUACGGUUGCACAAUAAGCUGGAAUAAUUACAACGAAAAAGUUCCAAUUCUGACAUCAAGUCUGAUAUUCGUAGUAAUUCCGUCAUUAACGAUCUUCUUUAUUUAUUCACGUCUUUUUUGGAUAUCAUUCUGCCAUUCAAAAAAUAUCGCCAGAAGUGAUCAUCAGGCAGUGCCAACCGAUUGUCCUGAUCAAAUAUUCCGUCGCAAUUUGAUCUCUCUAAAGGAUAGCAAAGCACUUCGAACCUUCUUCUAUGUCUGGAUGGCGUUUAACUUUGCCUGGGGUCCUUUCGUCGGCUGUAAUAUCUAUACGAUCAUCGAGGAACAAGACUUAGGACCGUCCAUCGAGUUUAUUAUAACAUGGCUGGCACUAUCAAACAGCUGGUGGAAUGUGAUCAUCUACUCUACUAAUGCUAGUUUUCGUCAAACUGCUGCCGAUAUGUUACGUCGUUAUCGUUACUACAGGACUAAUCGACGGUCGAUCAGUAGAGUUCACUGUAUUUCUAGACAGCCUUCAAGCAACGUAUGACCACGUAUGAUCAAUGUCAAACUUGUGUUAUCACAAGAUUAUCUUGGUAUGUAAGCCGGUGGUCACUGUUGGUUGAUGGGCAUUGGGGUUUAUGUUGGUGUAUCUCCACGGAGUUGCACUUAAAGACAGUGUCUGCCGGGCAUAUUUUCUAAAGGCAAAGAGCAGAGAACCUAAGAUUUUUGGGGCAGCGUCGAUUUGCAACUGAAGUUGUUUGUAUUUCUUGAAGAAGCAAUGUCCCAGUGAUAUUUUAUUCUUGUAACACUGUAUCGACAAAACACACUAUAUUUUGUAAUCGACAAGAACUUAAGGUAUUAACAUAGUCUAUAUUUUUUCGUUUGCUGUAAGUAGCAGUUUGAAGAGCGAGGGAACUUUUGACAGGAUGAAAAAUGUCAAAAUUAUGCUGUAGACGCGUGAGCAAAAUACCUAACAAACUGUGUCUCUAUUGGGUCUAAUUAUUUUAAAGUCUCGUCUGAGCUUUUUGUGAUAUGAAGUUCCUCCAUUUUCUAACUACAUUUUGCUUUUCUCUUCUUGUCAUUUCUUAUUCAUCACUCUAACUUUCUUACGUUUCACCAGUCGGAACUUUCUUACGUUUUACCAGUCGGCACUUUCUACACAAUUGAAAACUAUCAAAACUCCGCUUUGGGAAUCUCGCUCCACACCCGUGAUGGCGCCAGGACCUGCCCGACGGACGGGCUAAAGGCCCCGACGGGGGGGGGGGGCUAGUGGAGCGAAUCGAGUCUCACUUGGCUGGUGGCCAGGGGGCCGCCUAGGG